AUGGCUCCAAAAGGAGGAACAUUUUUCUUUCUUCUUAUUGUGGCCUGUGCAGUUUUGGCUAAGCCCCCAUAUAAGAGGCCUGGAGAACGUGACUUCAAGGACAUGGCCAAAAAACUGAAAAUCAAGAUGUGGAAUUGCACCAAUCUUGCAAACAUGAUCAGGCUGAUGAGAAACUCUUCUGAGGCAUCUGCAUGUUACGUGCGAGCAUUUUUGGCCCCUGUGUCCUGGGCAACUUUGACCACAAAUAGUGAAAACAACAUGGACUCAGAUGACUAUGACACACUGCUGUGGGCUGCCAAACCCGCACUGCUGGACAUGCCUUCUUCAAGAAUGAACCUUCCUUCCAAAGCAGAGGGACAAAACAUGAAAAUGAUGAUGAAGAUGCUGCAGGAGAUGUUUGAUCCCAUGUCUGACAAUCAAAGAACUCGGGUGGCCCAAUGGGCAAAAGAGCAGAUCACUCAGAAUUACUUCAACUGCACAAUGAAGCCACCAUCUCACUCAAGAUCAACACAUCUCGAGCGCUGCAAAGCUUCACUGAAAUGGCUGAACCUGGAAGCGAUGACCAUGAUGGGGCCGUACCUCUCCCGUUUAGCACCACCUGAUGUUGAUUCUUCUCCCAAAGAAAAGGUCGGGGGGGUGCAAAGAAGGAGAAGGACCAAAUACCAUGUUCAGAUCCACCUUGAGCAGGGCGACCAGGAUGACGCCCAGCCUGGGCAAGAAGUUCCUCCAGAGAGUUCAGGAUUGCUUCAGCUCGGCACACUGGCUUGUUAUUAUUAUGAUGCUCCAGACUUGACUCCUGAACUCAGCAAGAAACUCCUCUCUCAGCUUGACAACUGCGACAACCCCAGAAUCAGACAGCUGAAGAAGCGCCUUGUCAAGUCUGUGAUCUCAAAGUCCAACGCUGCUCAAGCACUACGUGAGCUGGGCAGUAGUGUUACUAUGUUGUCUCCCAAACAACUGUCCAUGCUCUCUGACACUGAUCUCAAAGAGGUUCUCAAAAAUCUGGGACCCAACGUCCAGUGGACACGUGGCCAGAUGCGCGCUCUGCUCAAGAAACAGCUGGGUGAUAAGAAGGUAAGCCUGCAGGGUUGGCAGCUUGUCUCCCACAUGAUCUCCCUCUCACUUGGUACUUAUCUCUCAGGUGAGGAGCUGAUGGCCCUUCAGUCGGUUGCAGAAGGUUUGCCGAGCUGUGUGCUCAAGCACAUGAAAGCCCGGGUGAUCCUUGAAGAUAGAGAGGCUCUGAAGAACAUCUCCAGGAGGAUGAGGAAAGGGCAGCUGAAGGCCAUGCUGGAGGGGCUGCGUGGGGGUGUUGAUCCCUCAGAGCUGGUGCAGAAGUUGUCCGGCCCUUUGCUUCGCCGCAUUUCUCUAAGCAGCCUGGAAAAAGCAAACAUCACCUCUUUGGACCAAGUGGAGAAUAAAACAUGGAGUCGGCCACAGGCAGCAUACCUGGCAAAAAAGAUGCAAGACCUAAAGCAGCUUCAGUUUAGGAGGCUGCGGUCAGUCCUCCAGGGCAUAACAUGUAAGAUGAUCGACAAAGUUGCUGACAAUGACACGCAGAACAUGGCUCAGGCCGUAGCAGAGACUCCACAGUGGGUCCCCAAAGUGCAGGCAGGAUGUGCUGCCCGAAAGCUUUUUGCGACUUUGGAGAAAGAGAGGGCUGACUAUUUCAAAACCAUCACAUCGGAGGAGCUGGAUAAGAUUCCCGCCUUCUUACUUCCUCACCUGCCGCCUUCCAAGGUGAAGGAUUUGCCUGACUCUGUGUGUCCUGUCUUCAUCGACAAGAUGGAAAUGGCCAACCUGAGCUCAUUACCUCUCCGCGCACCGUCUCGCCCCGUGCUCACCGAGAAGGCUCUGAACUGCCUGACCAAAGAAGUGGAUUUCUCCAAACUGACCUCUGAGGAUGUGUCCAGGCUUGGACAGCUCUUGUGCGAGCUGACAGCUUCCCAACUGCGCCUCAUGGCCCCAGAUGUCAUCAACUCCACCCUCCAGGCCAUGGCUUCCUGCCAGCACAUUCCUCAAGGCCACAGGGCAGAUCUUAUUCAGCUGGUCAACCAGACUUUUGGGGAUCCAUCUGAUUGGUCCGCUGAGACUAUGGAAGCACUGGGUCCUAUCCUCCUUUUGGAUGAUACUGCCACAUCUGCUCUGCCCAAUAAGCCUUGGAUGAAGGACGUUCUCUACUUUCUGAAGUCACGCCUGUCCCACGUCUCAGACGCCCUGAGAAAGAAAUUCUUUGAUCUCACCACCACCACCAACACAGCAAAUGCAGCACGCAGAAAGAGAGAAGCUAACAGUAACGGUGUUGCUAGCAGUAACACUGGCACUAACAGUGACCGAACACCCACUGUGGAGAUGAUUGAAGAAUUGGGAAUGGCCAACGUCUAUUGGUUGGCUCCAGAGCUGGACAGGAUGUCAAAAGACACUUUCCUUGCUACUGUAGAAAUACUUGGUGCCAUCCCUGACUACAGUGCAGACCAGCUGGAUGUGCUAAGUAAAAAAGCAAUUGAGGCUUUCGGCCCAGUGUCAGCGAUGACUGAGAGCGAGGUGAUGCAGAUGGGAUGUAUAACUCAGGGCUUCUCUGGCGCAGACCUGGAGAAGCUCCCCUUCACUCUGGAUGCUGUGGAGGAAAUUGCCCACUGUGGCUGGAAUGACUCACAGAUGGAGCUGGUGUGGAGGGCUGUUGCUAAAUAUAACACCCUGACAGCGCAGCAGCUGGGAACUACAGAUAUGGUAACAUUGAACCGGUUCAUCUGUGGCCUCACCUCCGGAGAGAUCAAACAGCUUGACAAGGACGCUUUCAGGGAUGCUGUGGGCUCAAUGGAUGGCAUUCAGUGCUCCUUCAACGUUACACAGGAGUUGAAAAUGCUUGCUAUGUCAGUGUUUGGAAAACCCAGCACCUGGAAUGAAGCACAAGUGUCUGACUUAGGCAACAUCAUUGCUGGGUUGGAUGCAAAUGAGUUGGCUUCUAUGGACCCAUCUCUCUUUUCAUUUCUCAGCGACACCAGCAUCCCACUCAUACCACCAAACAACUUCGCUGCACUCUCUGUUGCUCAGCUCGAGGCUCUUGGUCCUGACAACGCUGCCAUGGUAACCAAUAAACAACGAGCUGCGCUCAGAGUCACACAGCGGGCCGCUCUCGAUAGGGCUCUGACUGGGUCUCUGACUAGGUCUCAUGAGCCAACAAAAACUAGCCAAUCAGGAGCUCCAUCACUGAGUGUCGAGGGGAUCUCGGCAUACGUGAAGCCCCUUCUGUUUCUGCUCAUGGGGUUCCUGCUGCUGUGAGACCAGAGCCACGAUAUCCAAGGGCAAAACCUGCAGGAGCUUUAGCUAACUACGCACAUGCAUCCUUGUUUCUAUUAUUUUCAUCA